AUGUCUUCGUCUACCGACACAAAAGAAAAGCCCCCUUAUUGUCGUUUCACUGAAGACCCAAACGCCAAGUACAAAAGUCAAGGACUUGAGAGACUUUGUCCAGUGCCCAUGACGAUGCUUCAUUCGGAUGGUUCAAUCUUAUAUGAGACUGUAUACUUUGAACUCUUGUAUGAGAUCGUUGUGCAGAAUGAUACCAAUGCUCUUCAGAAAUAUCUCACGAUUGCACCUUGGGCUAUCUCGUUGGAGCCGGUUUCCGCAAACGAUUUAUGGGCCGUCCCAGACAGACAUCUGUUUCCAGACGAAUGCAACUGUGACAUUGUCGUAGACAUAAACUACUGCAUGUCAGCAGCCUCUCGGGGAAGUCUUGGUGUGCUUAAGAUUCUUCUGAAUCACUGCACGAAGGGCAAGGAUCCAGAUAUGAAAAUCAGAAUCGAUCCUGAACAAGGUCUGUUAUUGAACGAAGCCGCCCACCAUGGCCAGGUCGAUAUAGUCCGAUUUCUACUCGAUAACCAACCACGAUACGCCAGCAUCUAUGAACGCGACCAGAACGAUCAUACUGCAUUACUAUCAGCUGCGUCGGCCUAUAAUAUCGAUUUGCCUACUUCUGCACAAGAGGGACUACCUGGACCUGCGGAAAGCGAGGCAAUCAUAAAUCUGCUAUUAGACCGAGGUGCCUCCGCGUCUGAUGUGUCAUACGGAGAUGGAAAACUUCACAACACAGUCCUGACUUUGGCUGCGGAGUGGGCAGGCUCACAGUUGCUCAAAAGGCUCAUCGACGAUGGUGCCAAUAUUUACACUAAGGUGACAAGAUUUGAAUGGGAGCACAAAUUUUGGAACAUACCUGACAGCAACUUCGAAGUCAAUGCACUAUAUGUUGCUUGCACUUACGGAAACUUCGAAGCUGUCAAGACUCUUAUUGAUUGUCGGGGUGCUGAUGUGGAUAUCCUGGAUGUUCUUUGGCAACGCGACAGUCGUGGAAGUCUUCCUUUCCAUUGGGUGACUCAAUGCUCCUUGCCAAAGGAGAGCUUUGGAUACUCAAAAGCGGCUGUUCUCGAUAAAGCACGGAGCAUUACAAAUAUUAUUGAAUUAUUCUUGGACCUGGACCCAACCGUUAUCAACAUCGCCGAUAACGAUGGAAAUACACCUUUACACUACGCCACCCGGUCACCAAGUCGAUACGAUAAGAUGUACACUCCUAUAAUCCAGCUCCUUUGCGCCAGGGGCGGCGAUGCAAGGAUACAGAACACAGAAGGUCAAACACCUCUGCAUACCGUAUUCCGUCCCGAGGAUGGUGAUGACUAUAGAGUAUACUAUCGCAAAAAGAAUCCCAUAAACACAGCUACAGUAGAAACUUUGCUCGCCCAUGGUGCAUCUCCAACCGACAUCGAUAUGGCCGGUGAUACGCCACUGCAUAUCGCAGCGGCGAACCUAGAAUGGGCCGAUGUCGUGUUACUUCUUCUUGCUCACGGCGCUGACCCUGCGCUACCGAACUUGAACGGGCAGACAGCCCUUCACCGAGCUGCUGCUGGUACCUACUUGGGACUCAACAAGGAUUACAAGUCGCCGGAAAGAAUUAAGGCGCAGGAGGAUAUGUUAUCAAGACUGGUAAAGGCUGGAGGGGUGGAUUUGAUGGACUUGGCAGACUUGGAGGGACUGGACCCAAGAGAAAUAUGUGACAAGACGAGGCAGGGAUGGAAAGAGUUGGAUGGCCCGCCAAAGCAAACUGGAAAUCGAAGAGGACCAAGGAUGCAUAAGAUUUAG